AUCCACUUGUGUAUUCGCCCACAUGGCCGUGCCCCCCUCUUCUCUCUCCUCUCUCCAGCACUGCUGCUCCUAAACACCUCCCUUCAGUCUGAGCUGCGUCGCACUCCUCAGUCUGUCACACCAGGCUCCGAGAAAUCUGACGUGUUUUUCGCAUUUCCUGCACCAGAGACAGACGGAGACAGAGAGCAGUGUCUGGGGGUGGGGGGGGAGGCAGCCAGAGGUAUGUCCACGGGAAGUUAAGCUCAACAGCAACGGUGGAUGAAACCAGGCCCGUGCAGCGAGCAGCAGGAACCCCUAUUUACCUAUCUACCUACCCGCCUGAGUCUGCCCCUCCUCUCCGCUCCUGCUGCGGUUGUUACCAGCCACUGUCUGGUCGCAGCGGUCCGGCUCAAACAUCUCCCGAUGCGCCGCGGCGGCUUCCAGCAGGCAUCUGGAGCCUCCCACCCCACCACACGGUGCAAUGCAACACAGGCUAGUGCUUCCACGGUGCCAAGCUACAGCUAACGGAGUUUUUUAAUUCCUCGAAGGUAAAAAGCAUGACAGACCGACUCACAUCUGGGGCCUUUGCUCAUGUGUUUUUUGCUAACUCGCGGCUGUUGGUAGCUGUUCAUAUUUCUUCCGUGCACUUGUGAAGAAGGCUUCCCCGGGUUAACGGACGUUUCUCUGUUGCUGUAGUUAAUUUUUAGGGUAAAAUUUGUAGCAUAUUCGACAAUUAAACGUUUCAAAGCAAGACCAAACAGCAGUUCAGACCAAAACAUUUUAUAAACCUGGCGUGGCGUGUUUGACCUGGAGAGGACUGCGUUUUCUCCGUCAUAUUCAACUGGAAGGAAUACAGUAUCUGCCGAGGGGACCACCGGUUGAACAGAGCCGUUAUUCAAACCGUUAGAGCACGAGGAGUUACACUGUUUUGAAGUGGUUUUGGGAGAAAGGUGAGGUGGUUUCAGUGUUAACAAGUUACAGUUCAAAUACCAAGCGUUGGGGACCGUUUCACCGCCAUGGUGGUCUUCAACGGGCAGCUGAAGAUCAAGAUCUGCGAGGCUCUAAACCUCAAACCCACUGCCUGGUCCCUGCGUCACGCCGUCGGCCCCAAGACCCAGACCUUCCUCCUGGACACGUACAUUGCCCUGAACGUGGACGACUCGCGCGUGGGCCAGACCUCCACCAAGCAGAAGACCAACAGCCCCGCGUGGAACGAUGAGUUCACCACAGAGGUCCACGACGGCCGCAGGAUCGAGCUGUCCGUCUUCCACGACGCACCCAUCGGCUACGACGACUUCGUGGCCAACUGCAUCAUCCAGUUCGAGGACAUCCUGCACAACGACAGCAAGCACUUCGAGGACUGGAUUGACCUGGAGCCAGAGGGGAAGGUGUAUGUUGUUAUUGACCUAUUAGGAUCUUCCAGUGAAGUUGCAUCGGAUUCUACCGAGAAUGAGGAGCGCGUGUUUCGGCAACGGAUGCGUCCCAGGAAGCGCCAGGGUGCCGUCCGCCGGAGGGUCCACCAGGUCAACGGACAUAAGUUCAUGGCCACCUACCUGAGACAGCCCACAUACUGCUCCCACUGCAGGGACUUCAUCUGGGGUGUCUUAGGAAAGCAGGGCUACCAGUGUCAAGUGUGUACCUGUGUGGUCCAUAAGCGCUGCCAUGAGUUGAUCAUUACCAAGUGUGCAGGGAUGAAGAAGCAGGAGGACACAGUUGGGGAGCCAGUUGGAUCCCAGAGGUUCAGUGUCAAUGUGCCGCACAAGUUCAGUAUCCACAACUUUAAAGUUCUCACCUUCUGCGACCACUGUGGGUCUCUGCUGUGGGGUCUGCUGCGGCAGGGACUACAGUGCAAAGUGUGUAAAGUGAAUGUACACAGGCGCUGUGAGAGUAAUGUAGCUCCUAACUGUGGUGUGGAUGCCAGAGGAAUCGCUAAAGUCCUCUCUGACCUCGGAGUCACACCAGACAAGAUCUCCAACAGUGCCCAGAGACGGAAAAAGCUUCCUCAGUGUCAGGACCCCCAGCAGCAGAUAUCAGGGACGCCUCAGACAGAGGACGAUCACUCAAAGUCCGCCCCCACCUCCCCUUGUGACCAAGAUGUGAAGGAGCUGGAGAACAUCCGAAAGGCUCUGUCGUUUGACCACCGCGGAGAGGAGCACAAAACGCACCCCCUGUCUUCACCUUCCUCCGUUGCUACGGUAAUGGGGGACAGCCACGGAGGACCGGGCGGAGGAGGCGACGAAGGCAGCGUUGAAGUGCAGGGAGAAGGAAGCCGGGAGAAUGGAGAGGUCAAAGGUCACAGUGCUCCAGAGGUGAAGAGGAUGAACCUGCACGACUUUGUGUUCAUCAAAGUUCUGGGGAAAGGAAGUUUUGGAAAGGUGAUGCUGGCGGAGCUUAAAGGCAGCGACGAGGUCUACGCUGUCAAAGUGCUGAAGAAAGACGUCAUCCUGCAGGACGACGACGUGGACUGCACCCUGACCGAGAAACGGAUCCUGGCCCUGGCCAGGAAACAUCCCUACCUGACACAGCUCUUCUGCUGCUUCCAGACUAAAGACCGGUUGUUCUUUGUGAUGGAGUACGUUAACGGAGGCGACCUGAUGUUUCAGAUUCAACGAUCAAGGAAGUUUGACGAGGCACGAUCCCGAUUUUAUGCCGCCGAGGUCACGUCUGCCCUGAUGUUCCUGCACCGGCAUGGAGUCAUUUACAGAGACUUAAAGUUGGACAACAUAUUGUUGGAUGCAGAGGGUCACUGUAAGCUGGCAGACUUCGGGAUGUGCAAGGAGGGAAUCCUCAACGGAGUCACCACUACCACCUUCUGUGGAACACCAGAUUACAUCGCACCUGAGAUCCUUCAAGAGCUCGAUUAUGGCCCAUCAGUGGACUGGUGGGCUCUGGGAGUGCUGAUGUAUGAGAUGAUGGCAGGCCAGCCACCUUUUGAAGCAGAUAAUGAAGACGACCUGUUUGAGUCAAUCCUCCAUGAUGAUGUCCUCUACCCUGUCUGGCUUAGCAAAGAGGCUGUGUCCAUUCUCAAAGCGUUUAUGACUAAGAGUCCUAACAAGCGCCUGGGUUGCGUGGUGGCUCAGGGUUUGGAGGAGGCCAUUAAGCUCCAUCCAUUCUUCAGAGAGAUCGACUGGACGCUGCUGGAACAGAGGAAGAUCAGACCACCAUUCAAGCCACGCAUUAAAACCAAAAGGGACGUGAAUAACUUUGACCAGGACUUUACACGUGAAGAGCCCGUCCUGACACCGGUGGAGGACAGCAUCAUCAAGCAGAUCAACCAAGAUGAGUUCAAAGGAUUCUCCUACUUUGGAGAUGAGACUGUGGCCUAGAAUCACACACACUCUGACACACAUACACACACGGUUAACUACAUACAUUACGUACACACCACCACCACCACACAGCACCUAAAAAAAAAAAAAAAAAAAAAAAAAAAAUUCAAGCGAAGACACAGUAUUUAAAGAAACGUGGCCUCUGGAAUGAGAACUUUUCCAGAUUCUGACCUCUCCAGGAAUUAUACUAGACCACUUGUAUCUCUCAUUAGGGUUUCUGUGCUCUUGUUGUUUGUCCGUUUGUGCAUAUCCCAUCAAACUAUAUGCUCAAACUGCAUGUAAGUGCAGUUCAUGUACUGCAAGAAAUGCCCCAAUGCUCCUUUAGUCGGUCUGGAUGUAUUUCUGAUGCAAGCAACGUGGCAAACAAAACCAAACGCUGUGUUUUCAGAGGGGUGUUUUGAAGCAGUUACGGGGCAAGAUCACAGGCUGUUAGCGUACAUGCGUGUGAGAGAAAGGUAAUGUGUGUACAAGAGUGCAUGCAUGCAUAGUUACAUACCUCUAGAAAGAGUAAGACUGUCAUUUCUGUACACUGUGUGCUGUAUCGUGUGUCUACCUGUGUUUAAAUUUUUUUUUUCUUCCCUAAACAUGUAUGUGAAUGGAAAAAAAACAAACAUUGAAUUAAUGAUUGUAUUUAAAGAAAAAAAGGUCUUGAAAAGUACUUUACUCAUUAUGAAAAGAGAUGUCAAAAGGAGACGCCAGAAAUCCUUUUUUUUUCUGACGAAAUCAUGAUGAAAUUAGAAUUUUAGUCUCAAUUUUUGUCUGUGCUUUAUUUGAAAUUUAAGUAAAAACUGGCAAAUUCAAUGUUAACUUAAGAAGAUGCACCUCAAAAGCGACACUUUGGCCUUUUGAAUUUUACUUUAGUUUUAUCUCAGCAGUUCUUUUCUUAUUGUACAGAGAAGGUUGCGCUGUUUUUUCUUCUGUUAUUUUAGCUUGUUAGGACAUCAAUGUUCCCAUUCUUCAUCGUAAAAUGAAAUGGUACCAUUAGCCGCCAGCUAACAACCCUACAGUUGCUCACCACUGGGAGUGUCCAUUGUUUCAGUGAGGUAUGCUUACAGUGUUAACAAGCUGUUUUUCAUACAACUUGAUACUUGACAUCGUGGCACUGGUCCAAUGAAGCCAAAUAAUGAGCUGAAACCUAAAAUGUCAAGGGAGCCCUUUAAAAAUAAAUAAUUUAGUUCAAGAGCUUGUUACUGAAACUCUCGCUGCACCUUCUGGAGCGAAAUCUUUCUAGGUCAACUCCUUAAAUCCUAUCAUGAUUACUUGAUCCUUGAAAUGCUUUGUGUCUGUGUGUUUGUGUGUGUACAGUAACGGUGUACCUGGACCUACAGUUAACAUGACAAACCAACCCCCAAAUUUGUUAGCACGUGUGACUGAAUGCGUGAUAACUGAAUGUAUUUGCUCUGCGGUGUGCGUGUACAUACGUGGAGAGACCUCUUUGUCGUUGUCAUCGUGUUUUACUUUUUAUUUAAAGUCUUUUAUUUUUUUUUUGUCAUUGUCUUGUUUUUUACUGGAUUGUCUCACUCUUGCCGACAUGUUAGAAAUCUUUAGAUUUCAUGUUGAUGCAACAAGACUCACCCCAUUGGAAACUUCAAACCCUCCCCCACCUUCCCGUACAACCUCAACAUGGAGGUAAAAUAAGGUUAAAAAAAAAACCCAAAAAGGCCUCAGAGGAAAUUUGUGAGGUGCUGCUCCAUGUUUCAGGAUCAGGUUUAUGACUUAUAGUGAACUGAGGAGAAUCGUAACAUCUUCAAGACAAAUCCAUGUGCAAUACUCUUCAAGAGUUUUAUUUUUUUGUUUGUUUAUUGUUGUUUAUUUAGUUAUUUUCUCCAUUUCUAUCCUCUCCUCUCCUUCCUCUUCUUCUUUUUUCUUCUUGCCUCAUCCACAAACAUUUUCAGGUACAAAGUAGACAACAGGAUGUUUGAUUUUAGGCACAUAGAAGUGAGAAUUAUCUCUCGCUCUCACACACACACACACACACACACGCACGCACAGCUAACAUUUCAGUCAGUCAGAAAUGUUUCCUAAGUUCCUCUAAGAUACAAUCAUAUGCAAUGUCACGCAUUAGUGAGAACUUUUUGGACAAACACGAUGUUGACAAGUACAUUUAGAGUGAGAUGCAUUAAGUAGUGACAUUUCUAAGACACAUUUUGCAGUGCACAAGUGCACCAGUCUUGAAUAUGAACAUCGAAUGUGAAGAGCAGGUGCAAAUAGAACAGGUGAAAAAAGAAAAGCCUGUGGUUAUGUAUUCUUUUCUGUGCCUGAAUUGACCUUAAUUCUUUAUUGUUAUAUUAGUUAUAACAGACAAAGAGAGAAGUGAAGUGAAGUAUUUGACUAAUAAGCCAACUUAUUUUAAAAAAGGUCAUUAAAUGGAUGGUAACAGCUACAUAUAUUAAUCCCAAGUAAUUUCUUAAUACUUUCCCUAGAUAUUCAGAAUACUUAUAAUGUAGUACUGAUUAUAGGCCCAAAAAAAAAACAAAAAAAAACUCUUCAGCUGGUUCGCUUUCAGUUAAUUCUAACUGUAACCUGAUGUGCAAUAAUCAAUGAAUAAUGAGCCAACAUGUUCUCGGUUUUAAUGGAGCUGUUCUUUUACGGGAAAAAAAAACAAAACUUUUUCUCACUAUAAUUAGGACCAGAUUACAUUGUUCUUUCUCCCUAGGAAAUUAUCAGGAACUUACUGACCCAUAAAAUAAAGUUUUACCAAACAUGAGAAAAAAAAAUAUUCUCAGAGAGAGAAUAAAGAGAAAAAGAAAAAUAGAGCAUCAGGACAUGAAAACAAAUUAUGAUAAUUUUGCCAUAUCAGCAGCAUCUUCAGAACUUUGAGCCCUCCAGAGUAAGGCUUAAAGUCUAAAGACUGAGUGUGUUUUGAACCACUGCAAUACCAAUUCAGACAGGUUGUACAAUAUGUAAAUCUAAUCCUGAGCGUGCUAAGCUCAGGAUCAUUGAUGUUUACAUCUCAUAUCGUACAAGCCGUUGGCAUCAGAAACCGUUCUUAAUUGGCCGUGACGGACAGGGGUUUUAGUUGCUUGCCCGGAAACAAACAUAGAGUGGCUGUCACGCAAAGAGUGCAGGAGUAACCAGUUACACAGCUCUACAGGCUGAAUAUUAUGAGUGAUAUGUUCAAGAAAAAAAAAACACAAUGGCACAAACUGCUUCUCUGGUGCUAAACAACUAUAUAUGAAUGUAAAUUUGGUUGAUUUUUUUUUUUUUUUCAAACAAUAUCAGCAUGUACGUGACAGGCAGGAGCGUCAACAAACAAACACUUCCAGAGAAUAUUUCUAAUGAGUUACUCAUCUCAGCUCAGUCAGUCGGGAGCCUAAUGAGUUACCAUGUAACCUGCCACACAACCAAAAGUGUACAAACAGGCAGUGCUGUACAUGUAGCAGUAAAAAUACACGUUGUAGCAGCAUUAGUGGGAGUAGAUGGAUUCGACACAGUAGCACUUCAUCACUAAGUACACACACAUCAAUACAUGAAUGCUAGUGCAAGUUUAUGAUGUCCAUCUCCUCUCUUCUCUUCUCUCCUGAUAUGUCUCCCGUUACAUCUUUGUUUAGUCUUAAUUUAAAAAUGUCAAACAAACUACGACCCAAAAAGGAUGUUCUCUCCCAGAAGUCCCCUGUGCUAAAUGCCAAAUGCUAUUUCCAAAUUUCCCACUGACAAUCCCUUUAGUUUAAUGUUUGUUACAGAGGAAAAAGAAAAUAUACUCCAUGUAGGAAGCUCAUUUUUAUUGUUUUUCACACCGCCGAUGAAUGGAUGGGGUCGGAGUUAAAUCCAACACACAAUGGCAUGUGCUUGAUUUCAAACAAUGGAGACAGUAUUAUGAUUUUACUGACAGUAUCAAACAUUUAUUAUCCUUGGGUCAUAUGCAGAAUGUUACUGUAUGUACAUUGUGUUUUUCUUUUCUUUUCUUUUUUUUUUUUGCAGUCCCUGUAUUUGUGAAGCUUUGUAUGUACAUUUUGUCAUCUGAACUGUGGUUUUGUUCCUUUAUGAAUUAUUUCCAUGCCUUUCACGUGUUUAUAUUAUGUUUUUUUUUUCUUUUGCGCUGCGUGCCAAAUGUACUGUAUUUUAAAAGGAUGUGAAGGUGUAUUUUAAUUUUUGAAAUGGAUUAAAUAUCAUGAUGAAGAAA